AUCAAAGCUCGGCUGUGACCUAUUAAUAUUAAUCAAUGGAAGUUAAUUUGAAUAACACCUGUUGUCUGUGGCUUUGAGUCAACAGUCCUCUUAAGCAGGACAUUUGAAUUUCAUUACCCCCUCUGUUCCUACCAGAGGCUCUACAAGACUAAACCUGUGACAUAGGCUGUGGCACAAGUGCACUUAUGCAUUAGAAACAGGCUUUUUGCACAAGGGAAGGAGUCUACAAGUGCUUAUACCCUCCAUUACAAGUGGUUAUUAAUUAGUUCAGUAGUGUAAUAUUCAUAGGGAGGACUGCUACAGAUUCCAUAUACAGCCUUUUGUCAUUUUAAAUUGUAAUGGCACAGAUUCAGAGGAACUUAAUUGUAGAGUAUGUGUGUUUUUUUUUCCUGUCUGCUCUGCUUCGAUUGGUUCUUCUGAUUAUAUUUGGCAUAUGGAAUCGUAAUGAGAGAGCAACAGCACUCAGAGCUCAGCUGCAAGCCGUGCAGAAUCGUAUUAAGUGUCUGAAAAUGAAUAUGCACGACGUCAAAGCGUUGCACUAAAUAAACUGGAUGUGUUCUCGUGUGUGUUUCAGCAAGGCAGUGGCAAAUGUGUCUCCUUAAGCUUACUGUUAGAGAUAUUACCCCGUGACGUUUGAGGAAAAACCCAGAUAAAAUCGAGGGGGAAAAACAACUAAAGCGCACCACGGAGAAAUAAUAAAAAGCGACAUCCGCGCAGGUCUCCUCACAUUUCAGGGGAGGUGUGUGCAUGUGUGACAGUUUUAUCAUCCCUCAGGACUGCAGAGAACAUUCUGCUCAUAAUGCAGCGCAAAUGGUGACGGAGAACUCUGAGUAUUUAUUGUUAUAGUAUUCUUUUUGUCUGUUUUUAUUGUUUUGUUUUUCCUUCUAUGAAAAGUGGUCGCACUGUUCCCCAGCGCUUCAUUUGCAGUAAGUGCGUCCAUGUGGAGCUCAGGCAGGGAGGAUGCUGGUGUUAAAAGAGACAAACAGCUCUCCAGCUGUCACCGUAAAAGUGGAGCCUCCCCUGUACGCGCAGACCGCUGAACAUCCUCGACCUGUUGCCUCGGUGUGAAGAAAAGUGGAGCUUCACUGUGACGGCUGCAAACCCAGAGAGAAGUUCGUUUUCCAGCAUAGCAGGGAGGUCGAAGACGGUGCCAUGGGGUGUAUCAGUGUGCUCGUUAUUAAUUUACGUUUUGAAUAGCAGAAGGAAGAGGAGCGGAGUUGGUUUUGGAGGGGACGACCUUCCUCGGUGUGGAGGUGCGGUUUGCGGUGGUAUUUGUCUCUGGGUUUUUUUGAGGAGGAGGACCAUGGUCGAAUUGGAGAAGGAGGUGCUGCCGCUGCCCCCUCGGUACCGGUUCCGAGACCUGUUGCUCGGGGACUGGCAGGCCGAUGACAGGGUGCAGGUAGAGUUCUAUGUGAAUGAGAACACUUUCAAGGAGCGCCUCAAGCUGUUCUUCAUCAAAAACCAAAGAUCCAGUCUGCGAGUGCGAAUGUUUAACUUUGCUCUGAAAGUCCUGAGCUGCCUCCUCUACAUCGUCAGAGUCCUGCUAGACAACCCGCAAGAGGAAAGACAGGACUGUGUGAGCGGGGUUAACUGCACCAAACAAAACACAUCAUCCCGCCUCUGCACUGAGUUUGACUGGAAGCUGAUCAUCUGGGUUGAUAGACCUCUACCGCUGUGGGCACUGCAGGUGCUUGUGGCUUUCAUCAGCUUUUCAGAAACUAUGUUGCUCGUGUAUCUAAGCUACAAGGGCAACGUAUGGGAGCAAGUAUUACGUGUCCCCUUCAUUCUGGAGAUGAUCAGCGCCGUUCCCUUCAUGAUCACUGUGAUUUUGCCCUCCUUCAGAAAUCUCUUCAUCCCUGUAUUUCUCAAUUGCUGGCUGGCCAAGCACGCUUUGGAGAACAUGAUAAAUGAUCUCCACCGGGCUAUCCAGCGGACACACUCAGCCAUGUUUAACCAGGUGGUGAUACUUAUCAGCACACUGGUCUGUCUCAUGUUUACAUGCAUCUGCGGCAUUCAACACCUCGAGCGAGCGGGCAACAACCUGACCCUGUUUGACUCCCUCUACUUCUGCGUGGUCACCUUCUCCACGGUGGGGUUCGGUGAUGUCACCCCUCAGAUCUGGCCUUCGCAGCUCCUGGUCGUCAUCAUGAUCUUUGUGGCGCUCAUCGUGCUUCCCAUCCAGUUUGAGCAGCUGGCCUUUCUGUGGAUGGAGCGACAGAAGUCUGGGGGGAACUAUAGCCGCUACAGGGCACAGACGGAGAAACACGUGGUGCUGUGUGUCAGCUGCCUCAAGAUCGACCUCCUCAUGGACUUCCUCAAUGAGUUCUUCGCUCACCCUCGGCUGCAGGACUACUACGUGGUGAUCCUUUGCCCAGCAGAGAUGGAUGUCCAGGUUAGAAGAGUCCUUCAUGUCCCUCUUUGGGCCCAGAGAGUCAUCUACCUGCAGGGUUCUGCUCUAAAAGACCAAGACCUGAUGAGGGCCAAGAUGGACGAUGCUGAGGCCUGCUUUAUCCUCAGUAACCGGUUUGAAGUGGAUCGCAUUGCUGCUGAUCAUCAGACAAUCCUCAGAGCUUGGGCAGUGAAAGACUUCGCUCCAAACUGCCCCCUGUACGUCCAGAUUCUCAAGCCAGAGAACAAGUUUCACGUCAAAUUUGCAGAUCAUGUGGUGUGUGAGGAAGAGUUUAAGUAUGCCAUGUUGGCUUUAAACUGUGUGUGCCCUGGUACCUCAACUCUCAUCACUCUAUUGAUCCACUCCUCUAGAGGACAAACGACGCACCAAGAGGCCUUCAAGCAGCGAGUAGGAGCAUUUCAAGCCCUCAACAGGGAGGGCGGCGCAUGCUCAGCAGACCAAUGGCACCGGACCUACCGGCGCUGCUCAGCCAAUGAGGUGCAUCACAUUCGACUGGAAGAAAGUAAAUUCUUUGGGGAUUACCAGGGCAAGAGUUUCACGUUUGCUUCCUUUCACGCUCACAAAAAGUAUGGAGUAUGUUUGAUCGGAGUGCGCAGACUGGACACCACCAACAUCCUGUUAAACCCUGGCCCAUGCCACAUCAUGGGGGCCUCUGACACAUGCUUUUACAUCAAUAUCUCGAAAGAAGAGAACUCAGCAUUUGUCCGAGGCCAGAGGGAACCAUCGUGGGGCGGCACAGGCGGAAAUGCCAGGGGAGUGCACCAAACGAUCUACCACGGACUCACCCGCCUGCCAGUCCACAGUAUCAUCGCCAGCAUGGGCACAGUUGCCAUCGACCUGCAGGACUCCAGUGACAGCAGCCCAGAAGGCCAGGACCCGGGAGGCACAGGGAUGGGCAGUGGGAAAGGAAGCAGGAGCAGCUCCAGGACAGAGAUGGGAGGUGCGAACACCUUGGCUCUGCCCGCCAUGGGAGAGUCUGCAGAGGAGAGACGGCACAGCAUCGCCCCCGUCCUGGAGCUAGUGGACGGUGUCAACAACCCCACAUUUGACCUACUGGGAGACCAGUCAGAGGAUGAGGGAGGAGAGGAGGGCAAGGAGGACAGUGACAAAGAUGAGAGCGCCCACUGGUGGGGUCGACACUGCGAGUGGGUGAAGGGCUACCCGCUAAAUUCUCCGUACAUCGGCAGCUCACCUGCACUGUGCCACCUUCUACAAGAAAAGAUGCCUUUCUGCUGCCUGCGAAUGGACAAGGCUUGUCACCACAUUCCUUUUGAGGAUGCCCGCUCCUAUGGCUUCAAAAACAAAUUGAUCAUCGUGUCUGCGGAGAGUGCAGGGAACGGUCUUUACAACUUCAUUGUGCCUCUACGGGCCUACUACCGACCAAGGAAGGAGCUCAACCCCAUCGUGCUGUUGUUGGAGAGCAUACCUGAAGCAGACUUCCUGGAGGCAAUUUGUUGGUUCCCCAUGGUGUUCUACACAGUGGGCUCCAUUGACAAUCUGGACAGUUUGCUACGAUGUGGAGUCACUUUUGCUGGCACCAUGGUGGUGGUCGACAAGGAGAGCUCCAUGAUUGCAGAGGAGGACUACAUGGCUGACGCAAAGACCAUCGUCAACGUCCAGACCUUGUUUAGACUGUUUCCAGCUCUUAGCAUCAUCACCGAACUCACACAUCCAGCCAACAUGCGCUUCAUGCAGUUCAAAGUCAAAGAUCACUACUCUCUAGCUCUGUCCAAACUGGAAAAGAAGGAAAGGGAAAAGGGGUCUAACCUGGUCUUUAUGUUCCGCCUGCCCUUCGCUGCUGGGAAGGUUUUCAGCGUUAGCAUGCUGGACACGCUCCUCUACCAGUCAUUUGUGAAGGACUAUAUGAUCUCCAUCACCAGACUGCUGCUUGGUUUGGACUCCAUGCCUGGCUCAGGUUUCCUCUGUGCUAUGAAAAUCACAGAAGACGACUUGUGGAUCCGCACCUAUGGCAGGCUCUACCAGAAAUUAUGCUCCUCCACUGGAGAUAUCCCCAUAGGCAUCUAUCGUACAGAAGCCCACAAGCUUCCAGUCUCUGAGUCCCAGGUAUCCAUCACAGUGGAAGACUACGAGGACACCAGAGAACCCAGAGAGCCCCUGUUGUCCCGGACCAGCACCCACCGUAACUCCACCUCCUCGGAGCCCAUCUCCACCUCUUCCCACUCUUCGGACCACCCGCUGCUGAGGAGGAAGAGCAUGCAGUGGGCACGGCGGCUGAGCAGGAAGGGGGGUCGGAGCUCCAGUGGGGCCAAAGGGGGUCCGGGCAGCGCGGCCGAGAGGAUCAGCCAGCAGAGACUGACCCUGUUCAGGCGCUCAGAGAGGCAGGAGCUCAACGCCCUGGUGCGAACAAGGAUGAAGCAUUUGGGCCUUUCUCCAACUGGAUUUAAUGGGAUGACAGACCAAGGGAACAGACUGUCGUACAUCCUCAUCAACCCUUCUCCAGACACCAGACUGGAGCUGCACGACGUUGUGUACCUGAUCAGACCGGACCCUCUGUCCCUGGUACCCAACCAGGGGAGUAGCAGGAAGUGCAGCGCCGGCCUCUCAGAGAGCCACAGGUUCGACAUGCAGGACAGCACCCAUCUGUGAGAGACAAAAAAAAAGGACUAAUACACUGUAAAAACACUGCCAGAGAGAGGUGAAACAACAACACAAUCAUCAAGGAGAAAGCAAAUAUGGUGAGACAGAAACGGAUACAGCCAGGUGGCACAUAGCCCUCGUGUUUUCUCCACAUUCAGUCUCGGUGAACUCAGAGGUGCCAGACUUGCAUGGACCUUUUCUAUAACUACGGGAAUGUUUUAUUUAUGCACCUAUUUUCAAAGCGGAGAGCUGCGGACACGAAGUGCAUUUAAUGAAGAACUGUACGUGACUCUAUCUGUGUAUGUGCAUGUUAUGUACUGCAUCAUGUACCGUGUGUGUGUGUGUGUGUGUGUGUGUGUGUGUGUGUGUGUGUGUGUGUGUGUGUGUGUGUGUGUGUGUGUGUGUGUGUGUGUGUGUGUGUGUGUGUGUGUGCGUGCGUGCCUGUGUGCGUGUGUGCUUAUGGAUCCAGAGCAACACUGCCAGUUUUAUUUGGACAGCCAAAGGAAUCUUGCUGCCAAAUGAAAAGUCAAGGGAUGUAUCGUUGUGUCCUUUUCUGUCUUGUAGGUGUGUUCCAUCACACUUAAUGUCGUCUGGCCUAUUUGAAAGUGACACUACAGUCUACACAUCCUGGUUUUUCUUCUUUCGUUUUUUUUUUUUUUCCAUUUUUGGUUUUCACAACAUAAAACCUUUUUUUUAAAAAAAAACUUUUUACCUGUUGCUCCCACUGUUAUGACGCACACAUUCAUUUUACGCUCACCAGCAGCAGAGGAAUCCAAAGAGCACCAGUCUCAAUAACGGACAUAAUCACUGCAGGGCAUUCAGUCACACUGCUGUCUGAAGGCGAACAAACCGGACCUGAGUUUAUUGUUUGCCUGAUUUUUUUUUCUUCUUUCCUCGAAGUCCCGCUCUCUCUGCUUCUGUUGGUCAGUGUUAGCCGUUCUGCCUCCAGCUUGCUUUUUACUGACAUGCAUGUUAGAGAUGCAGGGGAUGGACAAAACAAGAACAUACACUGUAACAUAACACCAUCCAGUACAACAGCCCUGCAAUAAAUACUGCCUUUGUGAAGCUUAUAAUGUAACAUUUGUGAAGAAGUUUCACAGAGGUGUUGCUGGAAUUCUCAGUAUUGAAGUUGAGUUAUAAGCUUUACAAUUAAAUAUCUGCUGUAUUUAUUACAUACUGCUAUAAAUAUCCACUUUAAUGAGUAAUUAGUUUGCAGAUUUAAACUUUAAAUCUAUAAUAUGAUUUGAUUUUCAGUCAGAAAAAAGUUUUAUUUCUAUGAAAAAAAAUGUGCCACUUUGAUGAUUCUACCCGGCUUUAUUUCUUAGAAAUGUGAGAUUUUAUUCUGUUACAUUAAAGUAAAUUAUUUGUUACUGUGGAGAUUUAUGCUGUCUGUUUAUCAAGGAUUUGCAAGCCUCUGUAAAUCUUUUGCCAGACGCUCAGAAUUUGCCGUUGCACAUGGAAAUUGUGCGGCCAUGUGGCGGGAAUGCAGGCCGGCAUCUCUGCCAACAAAACUGCUGUAGCUUCAGUGCCAUUAUAACAAAUGAAAAUAUGUACAUAUUAAAGUCAGUCCGUAUAGCUUGUCA